UUUCUCAGUGACUGACUUCGCACCACAGUAAUACACACAAUAUUCAGACGCGGUAACAUAUCGGAGUGUGGUUCGGAGAGGCAAGAGAUAUCAGGAAAGAAAAGUUAUCGACAAUGUUGCUGUCCCAUCCGUACGAAAAGCGGCCGUGAAGUGGCUCAAUGUAAUAAUAUCAUUUGUAUAUGACCCAAUUAGGGGCGUGUGUGUGACUGCUGUGGCUAGUCGAGAAGGACAGGUGCAAUCGGAGUGAGUACUGUGUUUUCGUCGGAAGAUGAUUCCCUGGAUGCGUGAGAAGAUAGCCGAAAGGAAAGCCCGCUGGCAGCAGUCGAGAAAACAGCGCGGAGACGCGACUGCAUCGGGCGAUUUCGAAGAUGAAUCCUCCGGCAGUGCGAGUAGUUCAUCGGCAGCGACCAAUGCGUCGUCUUCUCCUGCUGGGUCAAGCUUCCGGGGGAGUCCUUCGAGAGGUUUCCGAUUUUCCUCGAAGCAUCAUCACUCAAAACAACAGCAGCAACAGCAGGCUACGACUUCCGCUGAUCGAUCAAAAUGUCACAGUUCCAGCUCUGUCCGGCCUGGGUCCAGCUCCGCAUCAAGCGCUGCCACAACCUUGGAGGAAAGUUUACCGAGGGAAGGAGCUGUCUUGCUCAGAAUCAUCAGUCCACGGGGCGGCAUCGUGUGCGUAGAGAUUGCCAGAACCAGCAAUGGAAUUCAGCUGAAAAUGCACGCUCUGGAGAAGUUCUCGAGUUGCUCGUUUUCACUGCCCCAUUUUUCCACCAAUAUUGAGGAAGUGGUGGAAAAGUACAAGCUGAUAAGGGUUCGAAAUAGAUUGGUCUUUCAGGAUGGGGACACGCUGGAAAAGUUGGACGUAACUAACGAGGAGGAGUUCCUACUGGUGGUGAAACGCACUGAUUUCAUUCCUCCGGAGAAGAAUUCAAAGGGACCAUCGCUCGCGGAUGUUUUAGCCGCCACUAAACAUGUUUCGCUUACCUCUACCAAUCAGCCAAAUGCCAAUUUGAAUGUGGCCAUGCUGCCGACCGAUUUGCAGCAAGACCUCAGACGUAUACUUAUCUCGCUUGCUCGAGCUUCUGCCUUUGUGAUAGGAACGGGACCGUGCGCACUAAAACUGAUAGCCCUGUUUAACCAGCGGUUAAUCAACCGGAGGCGACAUCAGGUGCGCUCGAUCGAAACGCUGCUCGAAAUGGGUUUCUCGCUGGAUAAAAUCCACCAAGCAUUGGAAGUUACAAAAAAUGUCUUUCCUGCUGCCCUCGAUUGGCUGAUACAGAACGAUAGCUCGGCGAAGCUGCUAAACUGUGAUAAAACAACAACCGGUCCAACUGUUGUGGGUAACGAAAAUAAUGAAGCAUCAACCAGUAGUGGUUCCCCUACCACGAUAUCGGCGAAACAGAACUUUGAAGACGUUAGCUACUCUAACCUUGAUUCGAUGAAUGAUGACGGAACCACUGGCGCUAGGCAGAAUGAUGCUGGAAACGAAGAAAUCGACGACAAACCACGUUUCGAAGAGAAAAUGGAACACGUGGAAACACUGUUGGAUAUCAUUCGACAGUACUCCGAUCGGGACGUUUUUCCUGCGCCGGAGAUGGUGACGUCGAUUGUAGAGAUGGGCUUCGACGAACGGCACGUUCAGGAGGCUCUGGUGGCGACCAGGAACAACCAGGCGGCCGCUUGCGAAUGGCUGCUCGGCAAUCGAAGCAAGAGUCUGACAGAGCUGCGCGAUGGGCUGCCGCAAAACUCUCCCAUUCUUCAGGUACUUCUCGCCUCGCCUCAAGUACAAAUUAGCUUAGGAAAUCCAAAGAUGUUCAUCGCACUCCUAUCAAUGCUGGACAAUUCCUCUACCAUGACGAUGUGGCUUAGCGACAACGAUACGGCUUCAGUCCUCGGACACAUUUUGCGGACUUACCACGAGGAGAAGCACAUUGUGGCAAUCAAUCAAUUCAACAAUGCACAAAGCUUUAACUAAUCACUAGAAGGCGUUUAGAACUAGUAAUUUAAACACAAAUUAGGGGGAGGAGGGGUUGGAGGACGUAGAGUUCUUUCCAAAAAGGAAUCAAACAAGGGACAACGCAGCCGGAGGGACUGUUGCUUUUACUUAAAACUAAAUUCCAAUCUGUAAACGCUAUCCAAUGAACUACGUUUUUAGAUAUCGUGUGCUUCAUUUUUCACUGCUCUGACACACACAAAAAGGCGUGCGGAACAGAGCGGUUUCGUUCCCACGUUAGUAGUCGAGUUUUCUCUGUGAUCCUUUUUUCCGUAGAAAACUUAAAACAUCCCCGCUCCGAUGGGAUGAAUGCUUUUGUUGCUUAUUUUGCCGUUGAGGUGGGAAUGAACUUUUUUUUUGCAUUUUUAACUACACGCAGUGCCAAUGACAUAUUCAAUCGCGAGCUCCGAUUCAAACAACAAGCAUUUUAGCCAAACCAGAAUAGUAUCGAGCGCAUUUAACGGACUACCAAAAGAGAGUAUGUAAAAAGCAUUUGACUUAAUAUGUUGUGAUAAUUUUCAGAAAGAGAGAAUCAAAUACAAAAACAAGGAAAUAAAUAGGAACGAUUUUUAUCGUG